AAAUAAAAUGGCACAAAGUGAAAAUUUAGAUUUUUCAGGAUUAUUUAAAUUAGAUGUUUUGUUGCACCUCGAUAUUUCUACUUAUAGUUUUUAUGAAGUAGGCCAAAAGAAGUUUUUCGCUUUUUCAAGUGAUAAAGAACUAGUUUUCAUAUAUAUUAACCCUCAGCUUGAACGUUUUGAAAAAAACUAUGAUUGGGAUUUUUUGGAUAACCCAAUAUAUUGUAUGUGUUUCGAACCAAGUGGAACAUGGUUGAUUAUCGUCAGCGAACAAAAAGUGUUAUUAGUGCCAUUUCUUCCACUAUUUAUUCCUCAGAACACUUUUGAUCAGAAAUGGUCACUUUCAAGAGUAACAGUUCUGCCUCUGGGGAAUAUAUUAAAACCUACUUCAUUAGUGUGUUGGUUGACUAAGGAAUCAGAGAAUGUGCUGAUUAUUGGAUCUAAGACAGGAACUAUUACUUUUUAUAGUCUGGAGUCUCAAAAUAUUGUUGGGGAAUGUAAAGUUUCUGGAGAAAUUACAGAUUUGCAAAUAUGUUUUGAUGAUUCAUUGGAUCUGCUGACGCUUUUGAUAUCUAUCAGUAAAACUCAACAAAGCAAGCUAGUGCUGGAGCACCGGUCAUAUGGCUACAACUGGCUACAGCAAACACGAGCACAGGAUAAGGAUAAGAAGGAUGGAUUCAUGUCAUAUAUCAAACAAUUAUCUAAAGAUAAAUUAACUAUUUUCAUACAAGGAGGUUCCAAAGAUGAUAGCAAAUCACAAACAGUGGAGUAUGUUCUUAAACCAACAGAGUACUUGCCUUUAUUCCGUAAGGGCUCCAACAACUGGGCAUUGGCUGCACAGUAUGUCAAUGGAAGACAUUUUUUAACUGCAUUUGAAUUAAAUGAGGGCACAAUUAUUUUAGAAAGUCCAGAUGAAGAUACUCCAUCAAGAACAUUAAGACCCCAUAUCAAGAAGGAUGGUUUAUACAUUCAAGGCCUAUGGUCUCAGAGGCUUGUCUACCUAGUAAGGAAAAAUGAGAUUGAAGUACAUUCUUCAAGCUUUUCUGUAAUUCAGGGUGAAGCCUUGUUGGGGGCCAAACGUGAAACCUCGGAGUUAUGGCGGGCAGAACUUAUGGGCGAUGUACGCCGCGCUCACCUCAUGACUGCAAAGGACCCGCCUACGAUGGCGGGAGGCUGGAAGGAACCUACGUUCAUGUGCGACCUCCAACUGCCCCGGUUUAGCCUCGAACCAUGCUUAAUCGUCACCAAUAAGGGAGCUUUUAUCUUGAAUACUGUUUGUUCAGCGAGCGAGUGGCUGGUGGGCGGCGUGACGCGCGGCGGCGCGGGCGCGGAGCAGGCGUGCGCGGCGCUGGGCGCGGCGCUGCCCGCGCUGCUGCGCGCCGCCGCCGACAUGCUGCUGGCGCGCGCGCGCCUGCCGCCCGCGCACUACCUCUACACGCUGUCGCAGAGCCCCCCAGACGGUUGGGUCGCUCGCUUGGGUGUAUUCGGACGUCUGAACGAGCUCUCCACUUACAAGCAUCCCGGCAGCAGUAUUGGAAGCCUGGGCGACGUCGCUAUAACUGUCAAACUUCUAGCCUCCUUGCUGAACAUAGUUACUGGAAACGAUGACAAGUUUGACUCUGACGUCCAACUAACGGCACUUAAUCAAGUGGAACUAUUAGAACUAUCGUGUUUCGCUGCAGCUGUGGGCCUUUGGGACUUAGUGCCCGUUUUUAACAUAUAUCGCGGAUAUCCCAAUUUAUUGUUGUCUGCACUGAAAUCACGCAGCAAUAUGUGUCGCGGUGCCGUCGACUGUCUGUUGAAGGAGAGAUGCCUCGUGCCACUCUUACUGGAAGACAAUGGCCAGUGGCUUUUUGAUUACAUCACUGACAAGUGUAAUACAUUUGACACCAUGAUCUUAAAGUGCCUCUGUUUAUGGUUGAACCCAUUACAAGAUCAGUUACGACCAGUAAUGCGGGACUUGAAGCAAGGCAUAACUUCGAUUUACACUACGAGACUGCAGCAACUGAUAGCGACUUUCAUACAUAUAGCAUGUGUUAUUGAGGCAAGAGAGCCAUGUCCAGAGAUACAUCUAGAAGUGACAAGACAUCCUGAGACAUGGAAGAACCAGUUUACCCCGAAGAGGGCUUUGAGUUGUGGGCUCGCGCAUUGGGCAGUCGCUGACGAAGGAAACGCUAAGAUCAUGAUGGCUAACACUCCUGUUAACACAGAGGUCAUUGGUAGAGUUAUCGAUGUGGCCUGUGGCAGGCAUCAUACUUUAGUGCUCACCGAAAACGGGAUAUACGCGGCGGGGGACAACUCGUUCGGGCAGCUGGGCGUGGGGUCGGCGUGGGCCGGCGGCGUGGGCGAGGCGGCGGCGGCGGCGGGCGCGCUGCGCCACGUGGCGGGCGCGCGCGCGGCCGGCGCGCCGCUGCUGCGCGUGGCCGCCGGACACUACCACUCCGCCGCGCUCGACGCGGGCGGCAGGCUCUACACCUGGGGAUGGGGCGUCCACGGUCAGCUGUGUCACGGCACUAUUGACGACGAACAUUCGCCAAAGUUGGUAACAAAAUUUCAGGGAAGAAAGGUCCUGAGCGUGGGCUGCGGCGCGUGCCACACGGUGGUGCUGAUGAAGAACGGCGAGGUGUGGGCCAGCGGCGCCGGCGUGUUCGGCCAGCUCGGCGCAGGACACACGCACAAGGCCUCGCUGCCCCUGCGCGUGCCGCUGCCAGACCCCAGCAUCAGCAUCGCCGUCGGAUACUUCCACAAUUUAGCUUUAAGCAACAAGGGCAUGGUGUGGUGUUGGGGCGCGAGUCCGCAGCAGGUCCGCGCGGCGGCGGCGCGGCGGGCGGGGGACUCCCCCCCGCCGCCCCCCGCGCCCGACACGCACCUCACGCCGCGGCGCCUGCUCACCGGCCACGUGCGCGGCGACAUCGUGCAGUUGGCAGCAGGCUGGCACCACUCUUGUAUACUCGAUAACUUCGGUAACCUUUACUGCUGGGGCCUCAACUUUGAUGGACAAUUGGGAAGUGGCGAUAGAAAACAGAUGCAGAUACCAACAGAAAUAAAAAUACGCACAGAUGCGCAACCAGAAACAGUAAAAAAUAAUAACUCUAAGACUCCAGACGUCGAAACAAAGGACUUUAGAACUAAAGCCUUGGUGGCGUGCGGAGGCGACUUUACUAUUUACAUCGAUAAUGAUGGAAGAAUUUAUGCAACAGGCAACACCCAUCUACAGACUAAUAACGAAAAAGACAAAUUGUCAAAUCGUGUCAUAAUGAUGAAAACAACAAAGCGAGUGAUUAAAAUACCAGCAAAUCGAGGUAACAACAAAUUCUUAUUUCAACCUAUCGACAGAAUUGACAUCAUGUUUCCUUUCGACAUUGAUGAUUUACAAAGGAAACCCAUUGAAGCCAGAUUGAACCCGCUCGAUUCUAUAAAUGCCUUUAAAAAUAAAUCAUGGGCUGACGACAUUAUUCUUAUUCUUAAAUCGUGGAUUAAUGAAGAAAAUUUUAAGGGAAAUUGUAACAUGGCAGCAAAGUUUGCAUAUCAUAACAAAGUAUACUCAGAAUGCUUAAGGUUACUAUUAGAAAAUUUAAAGUCUGAAACAAAACAUGAUCAAAUUUACGUAACACACGCCACGACAGAAGACAAUGAAGAUUCAAGUUUUGAAUCAAAACAUCUUACAAGGAAAGACGAACUCAUAAUAACAAUAAAAAGCAUUAUGUCUAAGCGCAUAAAAGAUGUGUCAAUGUCUAUUCUAAACGAAGAAGCAUAUCCCCCCAUAGAUCAAUCUACCUUUAGGGCAAUACCAUGCUGCUGUGAUGAGUUGAAAUAUCGUAUAAAAGGAGCAUCUCCAAAGUCGAUUAUUACCAAAACUGAUGGCGACAUUUCUGUUAAAGCUGCCGAGGUUAUAGACAAAUGUAUGAGUAUUUUUCCUGUAGAAUCCGAUUUGUGGGAAUUAUGCUUCCGCUUUGCUAAGAACUUUUAUGUGGAAAACGAUUUAUCUAUAUCUGACCUGGAAGUGGUGUUGCGUAAAUAUAUGGAAACGAAUGCCACAACGAUGGCUGCAGCUGUCAUGUAUUCCAGUGAUUGUACUCAAUACAGCGAAAUUUUGUCACCAAAAUUUUAUCUGAACAUGUGCAGUCAAGUUUUAAAUACUUGGAGUUCAUGAUUGGUUAUUUUUUCACAUCAUCUGCUUGGCCUUAAUUUACCCUACCACACAAUUCACCUUUGUGUUGUUUUUCACAUGUAAUCAAAUUCUUAUAUUGUGUGACCAAAUUAUAAUACUGGGCCUCUAUCAGCAAGUAGAGGAGUGCUGCAAUUGCCUAAAUUGGUGGGCCAUUUUUUAGUACUCUUGAAUUUAUAUCUUCUACGGAUAUAUUAGUCAAACCAUAUACUCAUUAGAUCAUUAUUGUAUGCCAUCUUUAUUAUAAACAAAAUAUAAUAUUAACUUGCGUGUUGUUUGAUUAAGCCAUUAUUUAGGUAGGUUUGUAAAACAAAAAUAUUUCCACUAAUCAAGAUAACCGUAAAAUACAAUAAUUAUUAUGGUAAAAGCAUAAACCCAUUGUUUUUGUAUGAAUGGACACCAUCACACAAUAUUUAUUAGAGCAGCUAUAUGUAUAAAUAAUUAUAAUUUAUGUUGAACUGUUAUGGUUGUUAUAAAGUAGUGAU